GAAUCCUCAAGGAUGUGAACGAGCAAAGGAGCGCAAAUGCCCAACAAGGCACGGCCUCGUCGAGAGUGGUCUCCCCAGUCCCCCAUAGAUGUAUUGUGGAUGUCCCGCUCUGCCAUGAGGCCGGCCGAGGGCGAUACGUCGGACUGCAUCCUGGUGGUUGGCAUAUCCAGACCAAAGAUGGCCGCCGCCUUCCUCACGGUGGUCCUGCUCUCUCUCUUUCUCACCUUCCACAUUCUGUACGACAGCGCGGUGUACAGUCUUCACGCGGCCUCCGCGGUCGAGGGCCGCGCGGUCCAGCUGGUCUCGCAGGUCCGCGCCACGCCGCCGUUGCUCUUCUCCAGCAAGGUUCACUUCCCGCGUACCAGCCGGCAUCUACCUCAGGCGAUCAUCAUCGGGGUGCGUAAAUGCGGGACCAGAGCGCUCCUCGAGAUGCUGUUCCUCCACCCGCAGAUCCAGAAGGCCGCCGGCGAGGUUCAUUUCUUCGACCGGGACGACAAUUACGGGAAAGGCCUCGAGUGGUAUCGACGGAAGAUGCCUUAUUCAUUCAGGGGCCAGAUCACCAUCGAGAAGAGUCCCAGCUACUUCGUCACGCCAGAGGUGCCCGAGAGAAUUCGCGCGAUGAACGCCAGCGUGAAGCUGCUGUUGAUUGUGCGCGAGCCGGUGACCAGAGCGAUAUCCGACUACACUCAGCUGCGAACGCACGCGGCCACUGCCUCCACCUUAACAAACGGAACACCGCGAAGCAUCCAACAACAACAACAACAACAGCAACAACAGCAACAGCAACAACAACAACAGACGUCGCGUAGCUUCGAGGAGCUGGUGAUACGUCCAGACGGCAGCAUCAACGAGUCGUACAGGCCAGUGGCCAUCUCGCUGUACCACACGUACAUGCACAGAUGGCUGGAGGUGUUCUCCAGGGAGCAGAUCCUCAUCGUGAACGGCGACCAACUGAUCGAGGACCCGGUGCCGCAGCUGCGCAGGAUCGAGAUGUUCCUCGGUCUCGAGCCGCGUAUCGGUAGGCACAACUUCUACUUCAAUCACACGAAGGGCUUCUACUGCCUGCGCAACGAGACCUCGGAGAAAUGCCUGAAGGAGAGCAAGGGCAGGCGGCAUCCGCGCGUCAGCCCGCUGGUGGUCACCAAGCUGAGGAGGUUCUUCAACGAACACAAUCAACGAUUCUACGAGCUGGUGGGCGAGGAUCUCGGCUGGCCUGAGGAAUAACCGUCGUAGAUGGGCGUCGUUCGAUCGCCUGGAUGCGCUCGGCCACGCGUUUCGGCCAUUUCGAGAUUCU